CGAUUAGGCAAUGGAUAGGUAUUUGUGGAAAAUAUGUCGAUUGUUUUGACCACGUUCAGUUUUCGUUUGACGCAGAGUAACUUAUGAAUAUUAAUAACACUUUUGAAAAGGGAAGAAUAAGAUUACUGCAAUGGAUAUUAGAACUCCUGUAGAACGUGAUACUCCAAGUUCAAAAUAUCAUUACGCUACGAUAAAAAAUAAAUAAUCAUUGAGUGAUUAAUCACAGUCAUUCAGGUGGAAAAUUGAUUCUCAAUUAAAUAACCCUGUUUAUAUUCACACACACACACACACAAACACCAACACAAGCUAUUAUGAUACUUUACACUACAUCAAUCAUUUUUAUUCAAUUAUCAUGUCUCUACUCACAAACAUAUGAAUCCACUCAGUUGACAAUAGGCGCUUUGAUUGAAAAAGAUGACGUCGCUCAAGAGAUUUGCUUUAAGAAGAGCAUACAAGCAGCUAACAAACUUCUACAGCAACACGAUUCAUCAAACAAUAGAUUCCAGCUUAUACCAAUUAUAGAGACAAUUGAUGGAGAUGACAGCUUUGAGGCAACUCGGAAAGCUUGUCAACUCCUUGAACGACAAGUUAUUGCUAUCUACGGUCCAUCAACACCGCAUGCAUCAUCAGCAGUGCAAGCUUUAUGCAACCAGUUCGGAAUACCACAUUUACAAAUUGAUUGGGGUUAUCAUCAAACUUCGCGUGGAUACGCGUUAAAUGUACAUCCACAUUAUUUAGCCUUUGGACAGGCUUUAUAUGAUUAUGUUCAGAAAGCUAAAUAUUGGGACUCAGUUGCAGUUAUUUAUUCCAGAGAAGAAAGUUUACUGAAAUUCGAUUACCUGUUGAGAACAUUUGAUCAACCUAUAAUACUACGUAAAUGGGACGUUUCAAGUGAUAAUCAGAAAUACGUAAUAAAACAAUUUAAAAUUAGUCAGCCAUAUUAUCGUUUUAUCGUGGAUAUACCAUUCUGGGAGAUACAGGAUUUUCUAGCUCUUGCAAACAUGUACAAUUUGACUUCGCAAUAUUACAGUUAUGUGUUCACGGACUGGGAUGUCCAAUUGGUUGAUCCAAAAGCAUUCGAAUCAGUUCAAGGAGCUAAUAUUACAACUUUCUCUGUUUUACAUCCUAUGAAUGAAGAAUCUGGCUAUGGAGUAGCUGCACUGCUAGAUGAUAUUCGUGUAACCGCCUUACAAGAUAAACGUUUCACACGUAGCUCCACGUCAAGACGUAUCAGCCCCACUCAUUCUGCUCUUCUUUACGAUGGUCUAAGUUUAUUGGCGAUGGGUGUCUUGUCAUCAUCACGUUCAACAAAUAUUCUACCCCCAGCUGGUCUAUCCUGUUCAGUGAAUCGUGUGUGGAAUCCAGGCUUGACACUGAUGAAUGACAUAAAAGCUGUUCGUCCAACGAGUUUCCGAGGUUUGACGGGACCGUUUCAGUUUGAUGGACACGGCUGGCGUUCAAAUGCACAUCUGAUUAUCUUGGAACUGAGUCGAAAUGGAUUCCAGGAGUACGGAUAUUGGAAUAUGGAUGAAGGAAUGGUUGUGACGAAAAAUUUCAGCCUCACAAAGCAAGAAUAUCAGUCUGAAUUGAAAGGAAAGGUGCUUCGUAUAACUACACAAGAAGAAAAACCUUACAUGAUGUAUAAGGGGAAAACGCUGCCUGGUCAGCCAAAGUCUACCGAUCCUAAGGACUGGGAAGGAUUUUGUAUCAGUUUAUUAAAUCAAAUCAGCGAAGACUUGCAGUUUACAUACACAGUCAACUUAGUCCCAGAUUCAACAUAUGGUAAUAUGAGGAUUGUAGAUGGGGUGGAGAUGUGGGACGGCAUGGUACAAGAACUACGAACCCGGCGUGCUGAUUUGGCUGUUGGCUCUUUCACAAUCACUUACGAUCGUGAACGCGUGAUUGAUUUCACAACUCCAUUCAUGUAUUUGGGGAUAAGUAUUAUUUAUAAGCGUCCUGAAGAUAAAGAGUCACAUCUCUUUUCUUUUUUGACGCCUCUUUCGCCACCGGUUUGGGGAUAUAUUUUGGCAGCGCUUAUUAUGGUUAGCUUAGUACUAUUUGUUGUGGCAAGAUUCAGUCCAUAUGAAUGGAAAGUGAAGCAUCCUUGUAAUGUGGAUUCAGAAGUUGUAGAAAAUAAUUUCAAUGUGUCGAACAGUCUAUGGUUUACAUUCGGCGCAUUGAUGCAAAAAGGCUCAGAUAUUUUACCACAUGCUACAUCAACUCGUAUUAUUGCUGGAUUUUGGUGGUUUUUUACGCUCAUUGUCAUCUCAUCAUAUACAGCUAAUUUAGCUGCUUUUCUGACGGUUGCACGGAUGGUUGCGCCAAUUGAAAAUGCUGAAGAUUUGGCAAAACAAACAAAAAUUAAAUAUGGUUCUAUACAAGGUGGUUCGACUACGGCAUUUUUUGAGGAAUCGAAUUUUUCCACGUAUAAACGUAUGUGGCAGUUUAUGAGUUCACAGAAAGGAUUAUUAAUGAACAAUACACUGGAGGCAAUACAGCGCGUUAAAAGGGAGGAGUAUGCCUUUCUACUUGAAUCAACAAUGAAUGAAUAUUAUACUCAACGUGACUGUGAAUUAAUGCAAGUCGGUGGAUUGUUAGACUCAAAAGGUUAUGGCAUUGGAUUACCAGAAGGAUCGAAAUACAGAGAUCCAAUUUCUGAGGCCAUACUGAAAUUACAAAAAUCUCAAAUGUUAGAAAAAUUAAAAUUUUAUUGGUGGAGAGAGCACGACAUUGAAAAGCCAUGUGAUACAUCACCAACUAAAAGUUCAGAUGCCAAUUCACUAGGUGUUGAAAAAGUUGGUGGUUGCUUUGUUAUGCUAUUAAUCGGUAUGGCUGUUUCCUUACUUGUCGGCUUACUUGAAUUUGUAUGCAAUGCAUAUCGUCGUGUAGCCAAUAAAAAGCACAGUUUACAUGAAGAAAUUGCUCGUGAUUUCCGUUUCUCAAUGGCUUGUUCCAGUGUUCGCAGUCAGUCGGCUGAAGAUGCUACAAAUUUACCUCCUCCACCAUCUCUUAGUUGUUUAUCAAGUGAUGGAGAGCAGAAAAGAUCCUUUUCCGCCUCUUUAGCAUAUGCACCUUGUUUACCUGCUCCUGUUCCAGUAAUGAACGAGAAUCAUGUCGAUAAAGAAUUAAUGCAAACUAACUUUUCACAGUCAUCUCGAGUUUUGUCAGCGGAUUCAAAAAGUACUGCAAUAAUAGCCGACAGUGAACAGAAAGCUUCACCAUCCCUGGUGAACACACGAGCACAAGGAUAUGAGUGUCAAGUCGAACAAUUUCCAAACACUUACUCAGAUACAGGUCUUGUAGAGCAAAAUACUCUGGAUGAAAUUGAUGUAGGUCGUGAUCGGCCACACUUUGGCUAUCUGAACCCUAAUGAUUCUGAUUAUGCUCAUCGUCAACCUAUAAUGAAUCCUUCUUAUCUAGCCGAACAAAUCAGCUCAUUUGAAAGAGAACCUGGAGAGGAAUGGCGUGUUGGUCCAGCACCAGCAUUUUCGGGGACACCACCAGAAAUUGGUUUUCGUCUUGGACAUACUACUCUUCAUGGUGGUUCAGUUGAACAGGACUCAAAAACAUCAGAUAACUGGUCGGGACCUGGGAAAUUGCUUACCGGUAGCCAGCAUGAUGUUCAAUUGAAAAAGGUAUCAUGUUAAAUUCAGAGAUGAAUAUAUUUUAACCGAGUUAAACAGUUCGUAACAACGUAUCAACUGACACAUAUAUUUCAUAUUCACUGAGAAACAGCAAAUAACCAAAAAUAAUCCAAUUCUUUACCUCACAAGUCAUAAUAAUAAAACAAUUUAUAAUAAUGCGUAACACAACUAGAUAAUUACUUCUUAUAAUAAGUAAUACAUUACUUUCAUGCUUAGGCAAAAGAAGUUUCGGAUACCGCUGAAAAGUUUUUACUGUUUAAUAUAUAUGAUAAUAUUUAUGACAAAUGUCUGGUGAACAACUUAUUGUUCAGUAUUCUUUUCAUCACUGCACUGAAUAAUUGUAUUUACAUAAUGUUCAAGCAAUCGUGAAGAAGCAGUAUAUUUGCCGAUUGUACUGUGCUAACAUUAGCAAUGCUGAGUGAGUCCUUUUCAUAUACGUACCAGUUAUAAUGGUGAAGGGUAAUAUUAUUCCUAAUAAUAUGUUUAACAAUACUAUCAGCUACAAUCACAGAAAUAAUAUUUCAAUGUAAAUCUACCACUUAACAUGUGGAGUUAAAAAAAAAACAAUAAAAAAAAUCACAACACAAAGAUAAGCAGAAAAACGACACAUUAUGAUUUAUUAAAAGCUAAUAAAUUUUACAGACUUAAAUCAUGUAAACUCUGCUUU